AUGUCCAAGUCCGCCGCCACCGGAACCAAGUUCCGCAUGACCCUCGGUCUCCCCGUCGGCGCCGUCAUGAACUGCGCUGACAACUCGGGUGCCAAGAACCUCUACGUCAUCUCGGUCGUCGGCUUCGGUGCCCGCCUCAACCGUCUCCCCGCCGCCGCCGCCGGUGACAUGGUCAUGGCUUCGGUCAAGAAGGGAAAGCCUGAGCUCCGUAAGAAGGUCAUGCCCGCCGUUAUCUGCCGUCAGCGCAAGGCCUGGCGCCGCAGGGACGGUGUCUUCCUCUACUUCGAGGACAACGCCGGUGUCAUCGUCAACGCCAAGGGCGAGAUGAAGGGUUCGGCCAUCAACGGCCCCGUCGCCAAGGAGUGCGCCGACCUCUGGCCCCGUAUUGCCUCGAACGCCGGCACUGUCGUCUAA